GGCUCUUGCUCCCAGACGGACAUGUUUCUCGACACACUUGUUCAAAGACGCACCGUUUACAAUGGCUGUCACCUUUCAAACGGAUCUAGGGGAAAUUAAAAUUGAAUUGUUUUGUGAACGGGCACCAAAAUCAUGUGAGAACUUUCUUGCUUUGUGUGCCAGUGGAUUCUACAACGGCAGUCUCUUCCACCGAAACAUUAAAGGUUUCAUGGUUCAAACUGGUGAUCCUACAGGCACAGGCAAAGGAGGAACAAGUAUAUGGGGUCGCAAAUUUGACGACGAGUACAGUGAACAUCUUAAACAUAAUGUCAGAGGAGUCGUCUCAAUGGCUAACAAUGGCCCCAACACAAAUGGCUCCCAGUUUUUCUUCACAUAUGCUAAACAGCCCCAUCUGGACAUGAAGUACACCGUGUUUGGAAAAAUAAUCGAUGGCCUUGAGACCCUGGAUGAACUGGAGAAGCUGCCUGUCAAUGAAAAGACGUUCCGACCACUGACUGAAACCCGGAUAAAGGAUGUGACCAUACAUGCCAACCCUUUUGCUGGAUAGCUGAAAGCUUUCUCCUCAAAUAUGCUAAUAGGCCUUUAACACAAACUUGGACUCUGAAAUGUCCCCUGAGCCUAUUUAUACAGGGUGUCGUACAUUGCCAAAGUUAAUUUAUAACUUUCCAGACAAGGAAGUUGAGGGCUGUAAACUGAGUAGUACUCCAUUUUGAAUCCAGAAGACAAAUGUUAGGCUAUGCCAUCCAAUUUAUAGCUAGGCAUGAUUAUGAUUUUUAAGAAAUGGUUUGCAUUCCUUGCAUGUGACAAAGCCGCUGUAAAGAAGAGUUAUAGAUUGUUUAACCGUAACACAUUCAGAAUUCAGUCCAAAAGGUAAACAUGCCUGGCUUUGUUCUUCACUGAUAUACAGAUUUGAAUCUUUUUUUUCUUGAUGGGCUAUGUAAAUAAUUGUUUAAUGUUUUGUACUGAAUAAAUCUUUUAUAGUUGA